AUGGCGAGGGACGCGCGUCGGACGAGCUCGCGGCUGAGCGGACAGGGCGCGCGCGCGCCCGACGCGGCGACGGGGACGAAGACGACGCGGGCGUCGACGCGGGUUCAAUCGACGACGGCGACGGACGCGAGUCGCGACGACGCCGGUCGCGACGAGCACGGCGGUGCGGCGGGAGAGGAUGGAACGGUGGUGAACGUUCCGAGACGCGCGCGAACGGCGACUCGGCGGAGACUGCGAAAAAGCGAUCCGGCCGUCGGAGAGGGGGGUGGUGAUGGCGACGAAGGGGCGAUAGGGAUUGGUGGCGCCAGCGCCGGCGGUGAGGCGCGCGAUGGAGCGAAGACGGCGGAGAAGAAGCGAGCGGACGCUCGAGACGGUAGAGGCGGCGCGCGCGCCGGCGCCAAGCGACGCGAGGCGGAAAAGAAGUCGACGGCGACGACGGUGAAACCAAGAAGUAGGAAAAAUGGAGGCGUCAACACGAAGGAACGCGAAAUCGCGGAGGCAUUGUUCGAUCUCGCCACGCUCGCUGCGGACGUAGACAGAGAGACGGAGGCGUCGGCGGGCGAGAAGAACGGGAAGCGAAAACGCAGCCGAACGACGAAGAAAGUAGCGGGCGCGAUGUUUACGGCAACGACGACAACGACGACGAAUGGGGGGCUCACGAACGCGAGCGCGGGUACGGGAUACGGGAUGCACGCGGCUGCCGGUUUCGGCGCCGGCUUGGGACUGCAGUUUUCUUCGGCGUUUCCGCCGCCGCCCGUCGGAUACUUCGGCGGAUCGCACGGCGUGAAUCCAUACGGAAUUUCCUUACCUCGACCGAAAAACGCCGCUUUGCACGUUUACAUUUCUCAUUUCAUCGAUUACACGCAGCAAGUGGUGCGUCAGACGGCGCCGGCGCUGGACGCCGGAGUCGACGACGUCGCGCGCGACACGUCGCAGGCGGGUGAUCCGAGCACGUCCACCGCGCACGCACGCUUUCCAGGCGCUUUCUGUGGUCCGUUCCCACCGCUCAUGAACCCGCACGUAAUGGCUGCAUUACUUUCCACGCAGCCGGUGAUGGCGGGCGUCGGGGGCGGCGACGGCGGCGGCGGCGGCGGCGGCGGUGGAGGAGGAGGAGGAGGAGGAGGAGGAGGAGGAGCGCCGGAUCCGCAGCAAGCGCAACAGCAAUUUCAACUGUUGAAUAUGAUGAUGCGGCAAACCGCGGCGUUUCCGAUGUUUGGUGCGGGAUUUCCCGCACCUCCAGGCGCGUCGACCGCUGGUGACGUGAUGGGCGUGCCGGUGUUUCCUCCCGUGGGAGACAACCCCAUGAUGAUGGCGAUGAUGGGCGCGUCGAUGCCGCCUCACGUGUUGGAGGCGAUGAACGCGAUGGCGCAGCAACAACAGCUACAGCAGCAACACGACCAAAUUCAAGCGCCUGUGGGUGAUAAGCUGCCUGCGGCUGCGGCUGCGGCUGCGGCUGCGGCUGCGGAAGUCAAGGUUGAACCGCCCGUCGCCGCGGCGCUGUCGUGA